AAUUGCCCACUUUAUUACUUGUCCUUUUGAAAAUGAGCAAUGGUAGGGGCACUCGCCUCCUGCACUCUCCGGCCAACACUUUCUCUUUUAUUGGGCCACGUUAUUUUGAUUCCGUGAGGUUGGGCUGAAAGCUUUAAAGAAGCUUACGUGGCCCAAUGAAAGGGGAAGUGUUGGCCGGAGAGUGCAAAAAGCGAGUGCCCCUAGCACUGCUCUUUGAAAAUAAAGUUGAUGCUCUGUGUUGUCCGAAAUCUGCUGAAAAAUGGGGAUGAACUCCGGUAGCAAUUAGAGCAUAAUUAAGCUUAAUUAAGGUAGAAAUGGCUUGAUUUAGCUGAUGUGAGGUUUUGUAUGAAAAAUCCCAUGAAUUAGCUAUUGCUUUGCAAAGUCCAGUUCCUCCAUGUGCUGCCCGUGAGAUUGAGAAAUAUUGCAGCAGCCUUAAACCAUUUUUUUAGCUUGAUUAAGGUAGAAUUAGCUUGAUCCAUUGCUGUGAUGUUUAUAUGAAAAUCCUGUGUGUUUUAGCCACUGUUUUGCCAAGAUAAAUUUUGAAUAAAAAGCCCUGUUGCUCGGUUUUUUUCUUUCCAUUUCCUUUGUCCGUGGGAGUGCGAAAAUUUUGCAUAGGUGUUUGUGAGCAUAUAUAGAUAUAUAUGCACAAUCUGAUUUAGUGCUCAAAUCUUGGAAAUAAAAAUAAUAAUAAGGAAAUAAUUAUGGCAUUGAUGGGGGUAAUGGUUGUUCUAGGAGAUGCUUGAAUUUGUAAAUUAAUUGUUUGUUGAAUGUUAUGUUCUUUUCCCUAGGAAUCUUGUGUUCCAAUUGGGAGGGAACAAUGAGGCUUUGGUUUGGUUCAUGGAUGGUGAUAGAUGUGUGGGUGUAAUGUGAACAGGAAGGCAGCAGCGGCAAUUAGUGUGUUGAUAAUGGUGGUGGUGGUUUUGCAGAUUUAUUAUCGGUGAGGUGUUGAUAAGCAUAAGUUGAACAUGAGUUUUCUGUCUUAUUUGAGUGAGGUAAGUAAAUUAUGGUAAUACUCUUUGAUUUUAAAGCAUGUUUUAAAUUGUUUUUGAGAUGGUGGCAAGGUUUAAAUUGAUUUUAAAUUGAUUUUAUUUGCACCGAGCGUGAUUGGUUUGAAAUGAAAUUGUUUUCAUUUGCAUUGAGUAGAGCAUGCCUACUUGGAAUUGACUGAACUGCUUUGAUGAACUGAGAAUUUUGUAAAUUCUGAGUUUUCUAUUAAAUCCAUGUUCACAUG